AUGGCGCGCAAGAAGACGUCAACGACCACAACAAAGCGCACAACGCGCAUUGACAAGGAUGUCAAGACAACGCUCAUGCAUAGCCGUGUGCUAGCCUUCUUAUAUGACCUCAUGUGGAGCUACCGCUACUUUCCGCAGCUGGCCUGUUGCCUGCUGAUCGUCGAGGCAUGCGCUGGCUACAUUAUAAUUCAGAAAGUUCCAUAUACAAAUAUCGAUUGGUCCGCAUACAUGCAACAGGUGGAGCUGUUUAAAGCUGGAGAGCGCGACUAUAUGCAAAUCAGCGGCGACACUGGACCGCUUGUCUACCCCGCUGGCUUCCUCUACGUCUUUUCACUUCUGCACUCGGUGACAGAUGAAGGUCAAAAUAUUAGACGUGCGCAGUAUAUUUUCCUGGGAUUUUACCUCAUCAUGAUCGCUACAGUACUCGCCAUCUACUAUCGCGCCCGAGUGCUGCCGCCUUGGGCCACCGUCUUCUUGUGUAUCUCCAAGCGAUUACAUUCAAUCUUUUUGCUGCGUUUGUUUAAUGAUGGCGUAGCAAUGAUGCUUCUAUUUAUUGCCGUAUACUUGUUUGCUCGCCAGCGCUGGCGAUGGGGCUGUGUCUUUUUUAGUCUCGCUGUGUCCAUCAAGAUGAAUGUCUUGCUGUUUGCACCGGCAUUGUUCUUCCUAUUGUUACAGUCGUGCGGUAUAUUACGUACAGCAUGGUAUCUAUUCGUCUGCGCAAUGAUUCAGAUUGUGCUGGCCUACCCGUUUUUAAAACACAACUGGUGGAGCUACGUAAGCAAGGCUUUCGAACUCAGUCGUGUAUUUACGUAUAAGUGGACAGUGAACUGGAAGUUUGUGGAUGAAGAGACAUUCGUAUCGGGUGGGUUUGCAAUCCUCUUGCUGCUGAGUCACCUGUUUUUCAUGAUUCUGUUUCUUGACAAGCACUUUAACAUUAUCGGCACAAUUCGUGCCGUUAUGAUGAAGCCGUUUGCAAUUUACGAGCCAUUUCCAAUUCAAAGCGAAAUUGUCGUGACGUCUUUGUUUGUGAUGAAUUUCACGGGUAUUGUCUUCUCACGCACACUGCACUAUCAGUUUUAUUCGUGGUAUUAUCCGACGCUGCCGUAUCUGCUUUGGUGCUCCGACCUGCCCUUACUGCUCAAGAUGGCAGCAUUGCUUAAUAACGAGUAUGCUUUUAACAGGUUUCCAUCGAGUACAAUGAGCUCGCUGAUGCUUCAGAUAACCAACACAUUUUUGUUGCUCACGCUGUACCUAAACCAAAAGAACAACUCAUUUCUGCCUUAUUUGGAUGCCGAGGCUCGUACAAAUCUCAUAACUUUUGUAAACGAGGAGUGCUUCGAUGGAGCCCGUCAGCUAGCCUUGUACUAUGGCAGUGUGACUGAAGACCUGGCCGAAGGCGCCACAGUGUCCUCCAUUGAUGAGCGCGAGGUGGUCUUGUCACUUCCCAAAAUGAAGUUGACGCUAGCCGUCGGAUUCGGUAGCAGUGGCCCUGUGACAGGCGAAGGGUACGGCCGCCAGGUUCUCAAGGAAAUGUUAAAGGAAGCAGGUGAGGGUAUCAAGGCUGGCGACACUAUGGGCAAGCUGAUAAAGCGCGAGUACAUGAAAGACAAAGAGCUUAAGAAGUUAGUGGACUCACUUGAUGACAAUACCAACACUUCUCUACGUCAGCGCACGACGACUAAGACGGUAACAUCGUCCAACGUUUAG